AUGUUUUCAUCAAAUACUCAAGAUGAUCAUAAUGUGUCCGAUUUGAGUUCAGCAAUAACAAACAUCAAUACAAAAUCUCAAAAAAUUAAUAUUCAUUCGAAUCAAUUGAUAAACGAUGAAAAUGAAAUAAAUAAUUCAUCAUCAAUAUUUGAUACUUCAUUUCCAUAUAUGAAUGAAAAAUCUAAUCUAUUAUUAAAAUUAGAUGAUUUAUGUAUAAAACAAAUAAAAUUAGAAGAAAUAAUAAAUGAUAUUCAAAAAAAUAUAAUUACUCAUGAUUUAAUAGAUAAUUAUAAAAAACAAAUUGAACACUAUGAAAUAAUUUUACCAUACAUGAAUAAUUUAGAAGAAUUCAAAGAUAAAUGGACAUUUUUUCGUUUAUUUAUUUGGCGUUUUUGUUUAGAUAUAUAUAAUUGGAAAUCACUUGCUCAUUCGAUAUAUCAUAUUGACUAUUUAGUCAAUAAUCUAGAUAAUUAUCAAAUCAAAGAAUUUAUACAAAAAAACUUCAAAAUUUUAUUAAAUUCUUUUAUUUUAUUUAUUAAAGAUAUAAUUACUAUACAAAUUAAAUCAGAAAAAGGACCGUUAAAAGAUCAGACAACGAAACAAAAUGAAUCAUCAAGAAUCAAUUCACGACCAUAUAUUACUUUUGAACUUGAUGACAUUCGUAAAUAUCAACGACAAGCAUUAUUAAAGUCACCAUAUGGUGCCAUUCCACUUUAUAGAAGACAAGCAUGGGUAGCAGCAGCUAAUCUAUCGCAUGAUCAUUCGUUACAUCUAUUACGUCAUAUGCAAAAUUCACUUCGGAUAAAAAUACAUCAUUUAUUUGGUUAUGAUCCAUCUCAUAUUUGUAAUAGAGAUAAGAAAAAGAAAAUUAAGAAGAAUUCAGUUAUGGAAAUAUUUAAUACAAGUCAAGAUAUAUUAAUUGUUGGUAAUAACAAUAAACUAUAUCGAGGUCGUAUUAAUUCAUGUCAAAUAAUUCCAUUAAAAACUACAAAAGAAAAAAAAUCAAAAAUAAAAACAAAUGUUGAUGAAAAUAAUGAAAUACUGAAAAUUAAUUUCGAUCAACUUGAUCAAACAAAUAAGACAAUAGCUGAUGAACAUUUAUUUGACUAUUUAGAUUGGGAAACACAAUUUAAUGAACAAGAUUUACCAGAUGAACUUUGUGAAGAAUUGUUUCAUCAUUGGAAAUCGAUUAUAUUUGAAGAUCAACCAUGUUUUUGUAAUUCUAAAUCAAAAUCAAUUCUAUCUCAAGAAAAAGAUAAUCAAGAAUAUAGUUUAAUUAAUACUCAAAUUCAUUCAUCAACGUCUUCAUUAAAAGAUAUUUAUGAUGAUCGAUGUAUUUGUAGUGAUUGCUCAUGUAAUUGUGAAAAAUAUGGACAUCACGAAUCUAAAUGUAUUUGUUCACAAUGUUCAUGUACAUGUUUAAAAGACUUUCAAAGUGAAAAUCAAGAUUAUAUGGAAGAUUUAUUUGAAAUUUGUGAACAAAAGAGUCCAUUUUUACCAACAGAUAAUAAUUCACAAGAUCAUUUAACUAACGAAAUAAAUAUGCAACAAGAAUUUCAAUUAAUUCCGAAUGAUCAAGCAUCAAAUGUAGAAAGAAUUCAAGAAAAUGAUGAAGAAGAUGAAAUAAUAAUAUCUGAUUGUUUUCUUAAUCGAAUUGAUCAAUGGACACAACAAUUCGAUCUAUUUCAAGAUACAUACCGAUCAUGUUUACUACCUGAAGAAAAUAAUCGUUCGACAUUGAACGAUAGUUCUCAGCCUAAAAUAUCAACUCCAAUUGCUUUUCGAUUUAAUAUGAUUUCUAACCCACUUGAAUUAGAUGAUCCUACACUUUUUCGACAACGAAUCCUCGAUCAUCAUCGACAACGCAAGUUCGGCAGUGAUCCAUUAAAAAGUGAUUGGAAUGAUUUUCAACAUCUUGCAACACAAAGUCGUUAUCUCACACCAAAAACAUUUACUGGAUUUCAAGCUCAUCAAUCUAAAUUAGCAGCAAUUAAAAAACAAUUAUAUAAUCCAAGAUUACCAUCUAUUCGACAUAUGGAACGUGAUGAUGUCUUAUGUCGUUUAGCAGACGAACAUUGUCGUCAUACAACUUUAUUAACUGAAGAACAAUUUGAAAAUUUUGAUCCAACUAAAGAUGAUGCAUUCAUUGAAUUAUUUGGAUUAAAUUGGCACGAUGCAGGUAAAACUUUGAUGAAUACAGAUGAUUCGGCACCAGUACAACGAGAACCAUCGCCUGUAUUUGGUGCUAGAUUACGACCAGACAAGUCGCAAAUGGAUGCACAUCCAACUCAAAGUAAACUUUAUCGAAGCCCAUCAUUAUCCUGUUUAUCAUCUUCGGCAACAUUAACAAAACCAGUUAAAUAUAGUUAUCGUAACUAUGGAAGUGGGACGUUUGAUCAAACUGCUAAACAUACAAUGUGGCCAAGAUUUCAUAUGAAUACAAAAAAUUCGUUUGAUUCAAUUAAUCGAAUGCCUCUGCCCAGUCAAAUGCAGAAUAUUUUCCGUUCAGCAAGUAUGAAUGCUGGUGUUUCAGCUGCUCCUUGGAAAUCAGCAGGUCCUAUUGGUAACAGUGGUUCAAAGAUAACUCCAGUUUAA